AUGGCAAAUGAAGAACUUGAAGAUUUUAUCACUAUACAAGUUACAGGUUUAGUAACUGAAAUUCGAGAAAAUAUUCAAAGGGCAAAAGCAUUAACUGACGAUGAUCGUACGAAUUGUUUGAAGAUUCUCUAUCAAGUCGAAAAUGAGCACAAACGAUUGAAAAUCGAAUUUUACAACAAAGCACUGUUUUUGAUCGAAGAGGCAUUGCAAACAUCGGAUCCACAAAAAAAUUUAGGACAAUGUAAAGUUAUCGCUGGUUCGUUGACUGAAAUGCUCGGAGUAUUGUCUCAGAGUGAUGAAAGAAUGAAAGCAAAAUAUGCUUGUAUUAUAACCGGCAGUGUUGCUUCGUCACUUCUGGUUGGCAUUACCAUCGGAUUGAUCAUCGUUCAUUGCCAUCCAGCUUCUUUUCCACAACUGGGUAUUCAGAGCACCUUAGCAGUUUCUCUUGCUCCACUGCUAGGUGUUGUGUUCGCUACUGCCUGUUUCAUUCGAAAAAUUACAUCAGCCAAUGUGUUUACGGUUCAUCGAAAACUUUUUGAUUAUGGUCGCUCGGCUCUGGCCAAAUGUUUUCCCAAUUACUUUGAAAAUCCAACGCAUGAAUCAUCCGGACCGGAAAUUGCAACGAUCACUAGAAACUCAAUCGACACAUUCAAAAUAAAUGAAGAUAUGUGGCGAGAUCAUCAAGCACUUGCAACAAUGAAAGACUCAAUUCGAGACGAACUUGCACGUUUACAAAAAUCAGAUUAA